CAGCGCUGCGCCUCAGACAACUUGACAAACGGCAGAACAACUUCUCAAAGUUCUGGUUGGAGAGUUUCCGCAAACUUGGCUGAACAGUCACGCGGGCCGGAGCCGAUGACCCUGGUCACGUAUAUUUAGACUCAAACAUGUUACGAAAGUUAUGACACACCGCGCUCAAACUCCUGAAGACCUCCCGCUGGGACAGACCACCGGCCGCCGUUAGGAUUUCCGGUUUGGGCGGGUUUAGGAAGAGGAGGCGGUCCGAGAGCUCCACGUCCGCUCAGCUGCCCGCAGCACGCGCGCGCACACACACGAGCAGCACUCCCUCUACAUCCAGCCAAGGGCGAGCUGGACUCGCUGCCCUUUGUCUCAGUGUUGUCUGUACUGACCGUCGUCCUUUUACACCGUCACUUUACCAAAGAAAGGGAACAUUAGCCGCUCGCCGUGUUUGUGAGGCCGGCGUAUUUUUGGGGCGCGCGACGAAAAACGUAGCCCGGAGUGACCGUUUUCAGAAGAGGAGCUCGCGCCGAGCAGACUUCACUGAGGGGACCUUUCUGUCUGCAAAUGCUCUGAAAACGCGGUCCAGAGGCGAUUCGUCCGUGGGUUGAGAUGGAGGUGAAGGUGAUGUUGAUAGCAGGUCUGCUGGGGCUUUUCUCCCUGUGCACAGCUCAACUUGAUGGUAAUGAUUGCACUAAAGCUUCAGCUCAGUCCUGUGGGGAGUGUAUUCAGGUUGGAGAAAAGUGCGGCUGGUGCACCUUUGAAAAUUUUCUAAAGCAGGGGGAAUCCAAGUCAACACGCUGUGAUGAAGUUGAGGCUCUGAUUAAGAAAGGCUGUCCUAAUGGGACCAUCGAAAACCCUCGAGGGUCAGUCACCGUGAACCAGAACAAACCUGUCACAAACCGUAAGAAAGACGUGGCACAGACAGCGGACCAGAUCACUCAGAUUCAGCCUCAGAAACUCACACUCAACCUAAGAGCAGGUGAGCCUCAGAAGUUUUCUCUGACAUUCAAGAGGGCAGAAGAUUACCCCAUUGAUCUUUACUACUUGAUGGACUUGAGCUUCUCCAUGAAAGAUGAUUUGGAGAAUGUGAAGAACUUGGGAACUGACCUGAUGAAAGAGAUGCAGACCAUCACAUCAGACUUCAGGAUUGGCUUUGGCUCCUUUGUGGAGAAGACUGUGAUGCCCUAUAUCAGUACAACCCCAGCCAAGCUGCUGAACCCCUGCACUGCAGAUCAGAACUGCACCAGCCCCUUCAGCUAUAAGAACGUGCUAAAACUGACUAAAAAUGGCGCAGAAUUUAACAAACUCGUCAGUAAACAGCAGAUCUCUGGAAACUUGGACUCUCCUGAGGGAGGCUUUGAUGCCAUCAUGCAAGUUGCUGUCUGUGGGGAACAAAUUGGCUGGAGGAAUGUCACGCGCCUGCUGGUGUUCUCUACAGACGCUGGCUUCCACUUCGCUGGAGAUGGUAAACUGGGUGGAAUUGUGCUUCCCAAUGAUGGAAAAUGCCACCUGAAGGACAAUAUGUACACCAUGAGCCAUUACUAUGACUACCCUUCUAUCGCCCACCUUGUGCAGAAAUUGAGUGACAAUAACAUUCAGACCAUCUUUGCUGUCACUGAAGAGUUCCAGUCUGUGUAUAAGGAGCUCAAGAAUCUGAUUCCAAAGUCUGCUGUCGGAACAUUGUCUUCAAACUCCAGCAAUGUGAUAAAGCUUAUUAUCGAUGCCUACAAUUCUCUGUCGUCUGAGGUGAUUUUGGAGAACAGCAAGCUGCCUGAAGGAGUGUCCAUUUCAUACGUGUCCCACUGCAAGAAUGGAGUGAGCGAAACAGGAGACAAUGGAAGAAAGUGCUCAAAUAUCUCCAUCGGUGAUGAGGUGUCUUUUGAUGUAGCCAUCACUGCUAAGGGCUGUCCGUCUCAUGGUAAAUCGGAAACAAUAAAGAUCAAGCCACUGGGGUUCAACGAGGAAGUGGUGAUUGUCCUCAACUUCAUCUGUGAGUGUGAAUGUCACGACAAUGGAGUCGCCAACAGUGACAAAUGUCACUUCGGAAACGGAACUUUUGAGUGCGGAGCAUGCAGAUGUAAUGAGGGGCGUAUUGGCAGAGUUUGUGAAUGCAGCAAAGACGAUGUAAGGACGGAGGAUCUGGAUGCAAACUGCCGCAUGGACAACGGGACAGACAUUUGCAGUAACAAUGGCGACUGUAUCUGUGGAACAUGUGAAUGCAAAAAGAGAGACAACCCAGAGGAGAGGUACGAGGGGAAGUUCUGUGAGUGUGACAACUUCAACUGUGACCGAUCCAACAAUAAACUCUGUGGAGGUCAUGGUCAGUGUGUGUGCAGGGUGUGUGUCUGUGACACCAACUACACAGGCAGUGCAUGUGACUGUUCUCUGGACACGCAGUCCUGUGUGGCCAGUAAUGGACAGAUCUGUAAUGGCCGUGGGACCUGCGAGUGUGGAGUGUGUAAAUGCACUGACCAAAAGUUCCAGGGUCCCACCUGUGAGAUUUGCCCCACCUGCCCAGGAGUCUGCACUGAGCACAAAGCCUGUGUCCAGUGCCGUGCAUUUCAGACUGGAGAGUUUAAAGACACUUGUCAAGAAAAAUGCAGCUAUUUCAAUCUGGCCAUAGUGGAUAAGAAGGAGGAUCUUCCACAGCCAAACAGCCAGCCCUACCUCACUCACUGCAAAGAGCGUGAUGCCAAUGACUGCUGGUUUUUCUUUACAUACUCCACUGGGAAUGACACAGUUCAAGUCUAUGUGGUCAAGGAUCCAGAGUGCCCAGCUGGUCCUGACAUCAUCCCCAUUGUAGCAGGCUUAGUCGCUGGUAUUGUUCUGAUUGGUUUGGCCCUGCUUCUGAUCUGGAAGCUGCUUAUGAUUAUCCAUGACCGCAGAGAGUUUGCAAAGUUUGAGAAAGAGAAGAUGAACGCCAAGUGGGAUGCGCAAGAGAACCCCAUUUACAAGAGCCCCAUAAAUAAGUUCCAGAAUCCAAGUUAUGGACGCAAAGGCGGGGCACUCUAAGCCAGAGUCUGUACCCUCCUGCUCCAACCAGGUGAGAAUCCCAUCUACAAAAGCGCUGUGACCACAGUGGUGAAUCCUAAGUACGAAGGGAAGUGAAGGACAAACCAUCCGUCUCAAACACUGUAUGCAAAUGAAUUCAGGAGCAAUGGAGGAGGAGGUUCAUUUUCUUUUUUUUUUUUUCUUUUUGUUUUUUAAAACACUUUGUUAGCUGUGCAUUUCCCACAACUUGCAUCAUGUUUUAUCUAAUCUGUAUUUCUAUGCAUUCUGUACAGUGUGUAUAAACUUGAGUUUUUACUUUUAAUUGUGGAAUUUUCAGAAUGUGGUGUUUGUGUGUGGUGUUUUUAUUUUUUUUAUAUAUAUAUAUCUGUAUGUUGUUGCCUCAUGACUGGCUUUGAUCAUGAAACAAUGAGUUGUGCCUUUUGAAUAUGAGGUAUUUUUACGCUGACACAGUGUUUCUCAGUCCUCGUCCUGCUCUUUGUCUUGGUGUAUUCUCAGCUCUGACCUUACUUAGCUCAGCUCACCAUCUAAUUUGCAGUUCUUGCAUGAGUUAAAGGGGUUAAGCAGAGAGACAGUAAAAUGCAAAGUGCAGCGUUGCUCCAGGACCAGGACUGCGAAACACUGUGCCUAACGAAUGUCAAGGCCUAUCAUGUAGUCAGGUUUGUUCAGAGUGUUGGAGAAAGAUGGAGUAACCCAGUGAUGGGGAGCCUUUAGUGCAAAACACUGGUUUAGGUCUGAUCAAUGGAAACGCAUAGUAAUUAUUCCCGUAAAGGCCGACAAUGACAGUUAUUGACACUGAUUAUUUGAAGACUCGUGUGUUUCACUGGUUUGAGCAAAAUCCUUGAUGGUUUGUGAUCAGAGCUCUCUAUCACUGGUGUAGCAUGUAGCAUGUAGCGGGCCACUGGGUGGAGAGUGCAUGGUGCUGUUUUCUUUCUGGAGGUAAGUUUCCAUUACUUAAGAACCCCCCAGCUCUUUUCCAGUGACAUUACCUAAGGCAGGACUCUUAGCUUUAUAAGCUGGAAUAGAAUAAAAAAAUGGGGACCUUAAGCUUUGAUUAGAAACCACUGCUCUAGAGAACAGAGAACAAUGUUGUGUACAGCCUGCCGACUGAUAUGCAGGCUGUGGUAGUUUGAUGUAUGUUCAGGAAGACUACAGCUGUCAGCUUUCUGUGGAUGUGCUUUUAGAGAUGCACUCUUCCUUUUUUCAGUCGCUUUAUAUAUUUGUUUUAAAAAUACAUGAAGUAAAUCUAAAAUUAUGUUGCAUUGCCAAUCAUUAUGUUAAAAUUAAUCGUUUUAAGUACAAGGGCUCUAGUUUAACGGUCUGAAAGAACCAAAACCUUCAUUGCAUUGACAGUGUGCCUAACAGCUCGUUACAGAUCUACUAUCAUCACAGCUGUUGAAAAGCAGACUAGAGUCCAAAACUGUCAUCUGAAAAAUCUGUGAGCACCUCAGGGCCAGAAACCAGGGACAGAUCUUUGUUUUCAGAAUGUUUUAAGAAAGGUGUGAUUCUCAAUUAAGAACUAAACAAUUAAAUGGAAACCAUUAUAUUUUCUAUGGAGAACGCAAAUGUAUCGAACUGAUGGGUAUAAUAACUCGCGCCUUUUUAAAGGCUUUGUUUUCAAAAUAGAGGAUAAAACUCAGGUUCUUGGUUCCUCUCAACCACGACAAAGCCAAAUAUUUACUGCCUUCUGUGCACGUCUUUGAGCAGCCUUAUUUUGAUUGUUACCCACCAGAAGUGGACUUCCUUUGCUUACUUUGUAUAAAACUAUUCUUGUUUUUUCCUGUUGUUUUUUCCUAACCUCCUCAGUCCUGAAAGGGGCCCAGAAGAGGCGCAGUCAGACUGUAUUGGCGCCGUCGGUAAAGAUCAGUGUUAAUGAGAAGGACCUCUGAACUUGCUGUCUUUCAAAUGCUGUUAAACCUUUAAAGCCACACGCCUCACAGACUGCGUUUUUUAAAGUGCCUUUUUAUUUCUGCAUCCUGCUCACGCUCACAAUCCUUUGUUUCAAAAGUUAUUUAUUAAAAUAAAGAACCAAACUGAUGGAC